AUGCCUGCCCUACUAUUCCUGGUGGCACUUCUCUUUCCUUCUGGAGCUGGAGCAGAGGGGAUUAUUGGUGGUGUUGAGUCUAAACCACACUCCCGCCCUUACAUGGCACAUCUGAAGAUCAUCACUGACAGAGGUUUGAAGAACAGCUGUGGUGGGUUUCUCAUAACCCCCCAAUUUGUGAUGACUGCUGCACACUGUAGAGGAAGAGAAAUCACUGUCACCCUUGGAGCUCAUGAUGUGAGCAAGAGAGAAUCCACACAACAGAAGAUAAAAGUUGAAAAACAAAUCCCUCAUCCAAAGUUCGAUUACAAUUCCCCUCUCGAUGACAUCAUGUUGCUGAAGCUUCAAAACAAAGCAAAGUUGACUCCUGCUGUGGAUGUAAUUUCUCUGUCUAGUUACUCAGACUUUAUCAGACUUGGGAAGAUGUGCUUGGCAGCUGGAUGGGGGCGAACUGGAGUGAAUAAACCUACAUCAGAAACCCUGAAAGAGGUAGAACUGAGAAUCAUGGAUAAGGAGGCCUGUAAAGACUAUUUGAAUUUCGACAAUAAUGUCCAGGUCUGCGUGGGAAGUCCCACAACAUUAAAGUCAUUAUACAAGGCAGACUCUGGGGGACCUCUAGUGUGUGAUGGUGUGGCCCAUGGUAUUGUAUCUUAUGGGCAGUUAAAUGGAAAGCCCCCUGCAGUCUUUACCCGAAUCUCCCCAAAAGUGCCCUGGAUUAAUACAGUCAUAAAUGGCAAGUAG